ACGAGAUUUCGCAGAAAGACCUUGGAGCUGUUUGUGGCCCUUGCGCAACGAGGUGAGUGACGGGGAUGCCAGAGGGGCCAUCAGACACGGCAUACGUCACCCUUGGCUGUGUGAUCUGAUGACAGCACCAGCAAGACAAGCUCUCGAGUGGUCGCGGGAUCUCUCCCUGGUGUCAUCGAGCUUCAUUCCAUCGGCUCAACGCCAUGCUUCAAGAGAGGACCCACGACAGGCGGCGGAGAGAUCUCUGAUGUGAUGGCGAUGCCUGUGCGAUUGGCUGGCGCGUGGCGUAUGGGGGAGGACUGGUGGUGUGUGAUUAUCAUCGUCGCUCUGGUCGUCACGCAGGCCAGCGGCCAGACAGAAGUUCCGUCUGAGUCAUCGAGGUGCUUCGGCCACUGGGGCGAGUGGAGGGCGUGCCAGCUGGAUGAGGGCGGCAACUGCACGCGGUCACGUGACCAGCACCUGGAUUUCCCGGUGGACGACGAGAAUAGGCCGUGCGUCCCCAAGACGCAGACAGAGCCAUGUGCACCCGAGGAGUGCGGCGACCCGAGGGUGUGCAAGGGCAGCUGGAGCGCCUGGUCAACGUGUAGUGAGGAGUGCCGGCAGACACAAACCUUCACCCUCGACAACAAUGACACAUCGGUGGACACGAGUCACUGCGCGAACCAAGACAGCGACACCGAGUCCAGAGAUUGCGAUGGCGGGGCCUGCGUCAAGGGUGAGCAGACAGACAGCUCCCAUGUCCACACGCAUCCACAUCAGUCUCGUGACGGACCCUUUUGUGUGUUCGUGUGCCCCGUGUGUGGUGUUCCGUUGCAGAUACAGCACCGACCAGCCUCAGCUACCCCGGCCCCGACGUGACGAUCCUGUGUGUCGGAAUGCCCAUUCCCGGGCGCAGGCCGACGUGGGAGGGCGGCGCGCCAGAGCGCUUUGAGAGCGACCGGCUGCCCCCGGCGCUGGCGGUCAACACGACCACUGGCGUGCUGGGGGGCACACCAAGGGAAGAGUCCAGCGAGAAGUCCUACACGAUUGAGGUAUGCCAUGUGUGCGUGAGGAUGGACAGAGGGGAAGGGGAUCGAGACUAUGCAACUCAACUGGUGGAUUGGUGUGCUUGUGCUGGCUGUGCAUGGUUCAGGCGGUCAAUUCGGGCGGCCGUGCGUCGACAACUCUGACUCUGGAGGUGAAGCCGCCGAUGCAGCUAGGGUCCACACCGGUCCGUCGCAAGAAAUGGUCCCCCGUGGUCGACAUCGAGCUUACGUCCCUCUCGACCACCUACUACACGCCCCACGAGGUUGUGGCGGUCGUGGCGCCCUCACAGACGCCCCUCAACGACAUCCUCUGCCAAGCUGUGCCCCUCCUGAGGUCCGAUGCCAGCUCCAUCAUCUCUCCCACAGAGUGCCCUGAGGAGGGGAAUGAUGGCGGGGGUUUGUGUUUGGUCGGCAUGUUGGCCACACCCGGCGAGAAGCAGACGCUGUACCUCAAUCUGAUGGAAGAGGAGAGCCCCCCGUGUUGGCCGCUUCUCCAUGACAGCGAGGAGCUCAAGGUGGUGGGUCUCGUGACGCUCCUCCCUAACGAGCAGGCCAGGCGGGACGUGCCCAUGAUCCGCGAGUACCUCGACAAGCACCACGCUGUAGGCGGCGAUGAGACGCCCAAUGUGCUGAUGCUGGGGAUGUCUUCGCCCGAGGAGCGCGCCUUCAAGUUUGUGUUGGAGGACCCCAGCGAGGAGGACAAGACGGCCCCUUUCCAGACCACCAUUCAGCUCAACACGGGCAGCCUCAGCGUCGACAGUCUCCGCGAGCUGGAGCAGGAGGUUGAGAAGCUUCUCGGUGUGUCGCCCGAUCGCAUCCGCGUGAAGUCCGCCCCAAACCAGGCCGUCACAGUCGUCUUCAUGCCGGAGAAAGUGUCAAGACGUCGCAGUCUCCACACUGGCCAUGCCGAGUACGCCAAAACGCCCUUUGUGCUGUUUGAGGACUUCCGCCGGCACGUCACGGACCCCAGGAGCCGCCUCUACCAACAACGCGACGAAUUCCGGUGGCUUGAUGAGGUCGUGGCCAGCAAUAAGCCACUCGUGCCACAGAAAAUGGUGCUCUGUGCCAGCGGCGCGGUCGCAGACAGCCCACAGAAGUGCCCCCCCGGGCCGCCCCCCGCCGACAGAUCCACACCCGCCCCGCCCCCCACCGAUGACAACCCUUGGUAUGAGCACGACUGGGUGUGGGGGAUGAUCGGGACGGUCGUCUCGCUAGUGGGGCUCGCCAUCUCGUUCCAAAUCACCCACUGCAAGAGGACGCGGAGACAGGCUCAGAGGGACGCCGCUGAUGGAGACGGCGGCGAUGAGGAGCAGGGCCGGAGCAAGCGGACGGAUGACACCAGUGACGACGACAGGCAAGACGGCGACAGCGCAACCCCGCCCGGCAGGGCGGCUUCUUCGGUCCCGGCGACUCGCCUGCCCAGCCAGGCGUCGCGUGGCGUGGCCGAUGAUGAAGAUGACGCCGACACGACGUACGCAGAGGAGGAUCCGCCCACGGCUGCCCCUGCCCUCGGGAUGCCCUACGGCCAUCCCCACCCCCAGCUGUCCCCCUACGUGGGCUAUUUCCAUCCUCAUGCGCCGCCGCACUUCCCCCCCUCUAUGCCCUACUACCCCCCCCACCAUCAUUACGCCUGCGGGAGGCUGUCGGGCGUGCCGAUGCACACGCAGAGCGCCACUCGCAGCAGCCGAAGUGCCUCUGCCAGCCCGGCGGGCAGCUGUCACUGGCCGUCGACACGGUUCGCCUCGAGCAAUGUGCUGUCGGUGGCGGUGGGGGAUUCGGCGGAUGAGCAGCAGAGAGAGAGAGAGAGGCGGUCUGAGAGAGGGUGAGGGAGAGAGGAGUUUUGGUUGUUUUUAUUGGGCAAUCUGUCCAGCUCAGCUGCCUCUCUGUCUGAUGUCAUGUGUCAGUGUGUGUGCGUUGUGAGUGCGGUGCGUUGGUAUCGAUUCGAUCGUAUGUGUCCGUGUGUUCGUUCGUGUAAUCGUGUUUGUACAAGUCUUGUACCACACUACCUGUGUGUCUCCCUCUCUGUAUGUGGUGCGGUGCGCUUUAUCUAACCCGGUGAGUGAGUGACGAUGCGAGCCACUGUAGAGUGAGUGAG